AGAUGGUACCAUAAUGAUAUCUGCCCAAAUGAAGACAGUUCCUGCCAUUGAUAUGAGUAAAACCAAACUAAGGGAUAGCUCUUGCAAACCUAGAGAAUAUAAUGAAGGACAUGCCUUCUUCAAGUUCCAUGUCACUACCUGUGGCACUUCAGUAAGGUUUGAAGGUGAUCACAUUAUUUAUGAAAAUGAAAUUUCGUAUGAGAAAGAGACUCUUCCAGAACAGAGCACACCAACAAUUACAAGAGAUCCAGACUACAGAUUAACAGUCUUAUGCUACUAUCGAGCAAAAGAGACAGUAGUGCUAGGUCCCUUUGCUAGUGACCCAUCCUUGCCAUCGCCCUUUGGCUCUGGAAGGAUGGUACCAAGAUCAAACAUUGCAGUAUACAGAAGGAUAAGACAAGCCAUGAAUGUAGUUUCAAGAGUGUCCAAAGAUGAAUCCUUCAUGGAAUUCUACGAGUCAAAUGUGGCAAUACUCAAGAGACCUUUUGAGCCUGUGUUUAUUGAGAUGGAGCUGAAAGAUGAGAGCCCUGACACUGCGUUAUACCUGGAAAACUGCUGGGUAACUGGGUCUCUAGAUUUCAGCAGCGCCCAAAGAUGGAACAUCACUCUGAAUGGGUGUGAGUCUAAAGGCAGUGAGUAUGUUGCAGAGUCCUGUCUGGUAGCUGUUAGCUCCAGGGUGAGACACCCUUCCCAUUUUAAAAGGCUAGCAGUAAGGACCCUGGCACACCAACUGGAACAGGAUCAGAUUAAUAGCACUUCAGCUCAAAAUGCCUAG